UCUGGUGACAUUUUCUCCGGGAGGUGCGGAGGAGAGAAGGGAACCGGCGGCGGCGGCGCCCGUGUUGUCGAGCCUCGGCCCCUGCCCCCUCAUCCACUGGGGGCCUGCGUCCGAAAGGAGGAGUCGGCGGCGGGAGCUGCCGCUGCUGGGGCCGCGGGAAGUGUCACAGUGGCUGGAGGGGGUCUCCGACCAGCCAGCCAUUCAGCCCAUCCGGGCUCCGGGCCGGGAGAGCCAGGCAGCGGGGGACCGCGGGAGGAGCCGCCGCGGAGCGCAGGCGCAUAGGUGUUUAAUUGCAGCAAGUAAAGACAAAAGCUCUUUAAAAGUAUUUCUCCACCGUUACCACUGUAUGUGUAUGUCACUUUCCUGUUGAAUCCUUGAUUUAGUUUCCCAGUCCUCAGACCUGCUCCAUGAUCUAGAUCUAGGAAAUACUCAGGAUUUUGAAAUGAAGAUGGAGGAGGCUGUGGGAAAAGUUGAAGAACUUACUGAGUCUACAGUCCCACCAAAGACAUCUGAAAAACAAGAAACAGUGCAGACAGAAGAUGGACCUAUAGAACUAGAAUCUCAUUCUCAGAAAGGUGGUGCGGGUGAUUCUGCAGUUCUUUCAUCAAUGCCUUGCCUGCUGAUGGAAUUGAGACGGGACUCCUCAGAGUCUCAACUGGCAUCUACAGAAAGUGAUAAACCAACAACUGGCCGAGUUUAUGAGAGUGACUCUUCUAAUCAUUGCAUGCUUUCGCCUUCCUCCAGUGGACAUCUGGCAGACUCAGACACGUUGUCUUCCGCAGAAGAGAAUGAGCCCUCCCAGGCAGAAGCUGCUGUAGAAGGAGAUCCUUGUGGAGUGUCUGGAUCAGCUGUUGGUCGCAAGUCUAGACGGUCUCGAUCUGAAAGUGAAACAUCAACAAUGGCUGCCAAGAAAAACAGGCAGUCCAGUGAUAAGCAGAAUGGCCGAGUUGCCAAGGUGAAAGGUCACCGGAGCCAAAAGCACAAAGAAAGAAUCCGGUUACUGAGGCAGAAGCGGGAGCUUGCUGCUCGCAAGAAGUAUAACCUGCUGCAGGACAGCAGUACCAGUGAUAGUGACCUGACCUGUGACUCAAGCACGAGUUCAUCAGAUGAUGAUGAAGAAGUUUCAGGGAGCAGCAAGACAGUCACUGCAGAGAUACCAGAUGGACCUUCAGUUGUAGCUCAUUAUGAUAUAUCUGACACCAACUCUGACCCAGAAGUGGUAAAUGUGGACAAUUUAUUGGCGGCUGCUGUAGUUCAAGAGCACAGUAAUUCUGUAGGAAGCCAGGACACAGGAGCUACCUGGAAGACCAGCGGGCUUCUAGAGGAACUGAAUGCUGAGGCAGGUCAUUUGGAUCCAGGAUUCCUUGCAAGUGAAACAGCUUCUGGCAAUGCACAACUCAAUGAAGAAAUCAAUAUUGCCUCUUCUGACAGUGAAGUAGAGAUUGUGGGAGUUCAGGAACAUGCAAGGUGUGUACAUCCUAGAGGUGGUGUGAUUCAGAGCGUGUCUUCAUGGAAGGAUGGCUCAGGCUUACAAUAUUUUAGCAGCCGGCAAACACAAUCAUGGACAUCCGUGACUCCCCAGCAGAAUUGGUCUUCACCCUCGGAAGUAGUCGAUCUUACCUUGGAUGAAGACAGCAGACGCAAAUACCUACUGUAAUACGAUGUCACUGUGUUUCUUCCCCACUGUACCCUUCCUUUUCUCUUUGGCACAGAAGUUCAUUGUCAUUGCUUCAACUUCAGAAGCCUUGCUCUUGGCAUUUGUGGAAUUGAAACUUGUGGAGAAUUACCCCUUUAAAAAACACUGAGGUUUUAUCUUUUAAAAGUCAUUUAGGAAAAUGAAGGACUCUUUCCCUCCUUCAUUAGGAAGCUGAGAGAUAAUGAUGAAUUUUAUGGGGGAAAAAAAACUGCAGUUAUAUGCGGUGAAUAUUAAUCAGAGGAAAUGCUAUCCAGCUCUGCCUUCCUCACUCCUAAUAGAAUAAUAUUAAUUUAAUUACAAGGUGAAUUUUAACUGGGGUUUUGGAACCUUGUAUUUCUCUCUGUGAGUGAAAUUAUAACCUACAGGGUUAGCUCUUCCUUUCCUUCCCACUGGCCCUCUUGCCCCAGGGCAUUUGCACAUUUCUCAGUCAGGUUCUAUUAUUAGCACUCAGUAGGACAUGUGUUUUAAUAGCUUGUCCGUUUAAGCAGAAAACAGAAGCAUUACUGUUUCUCUCUUAACUUGGUUUUCUGCUCUCUUUCCUGACUACUCUCCUGACUGGUGACUUGCCACAACUUGAAUGACUUUGCUCUGAUGUUGUGAUCACAAAUGCUGUUAAGUUGACUUCUGUUGAUUCCUUGUUUGCAAUAACUUUUAACUUUGAAAAAUGAGAAUUUCUUGACUAGUAGCUACUUCCAGGAUAAUACUUUUCUGAGGAGGGUUGGUAUCAAUGGAAAAAAAAUCUCCAUUCUGAUUCCAUUGGCUUUUCUUUUUUUUUUUUCUGGUCUACUCAAAUAUAACUGGAAAAUGUAUAAAGGUGAAACUGGGAACCUGUUACAUGGGCCUGAAACAGAGAGAGAGGCCAAAGUUGGGAGGCUAUAGGAACUCAUAAGCUUGCAUGGCAUUUGGCAAGGGUGUUAAGUGCCUUCUUUCAUAGCAAGUCUCUCCAUGUAGGGCAUAGCCAGUAAGCGCUAAAUACAUAAACUGAUGCUGAACUGAUGUUGUGCUUGGAUAUCUUUCUCCUUCCUACUUUUAAAAAAAAUAAUAUAUGCCAUAAGAAGCACAUGAUGCAACAUUCUAGAUUUUACAUAAUUAAAAAUAGGGAAAAUUCAGGAAAUGCCAAAGUUGAGAUUUUUGUGGCAUUGUUAGCUCCUUGGUAUCUGGGAUUUAUUUCACUUAUUGUUCAUAUCUCUUGAAAGCAAUAGCUUUGAUAACAAUACCAUGUACAGAGGUGGGGUAAAGUGAUGUUGCUUUCAGGACCUCCCCACCUUUUGUUUUUUCCUAGCCUUUCCUUUUUGGUUUUCUGGUAAUUCAACUGUUGGUAAGCUGCUUUACCUGUAGCCCUUAAUGCAUCAGUGGCUGCUGCUUAUCAUAGGAGCAUGCAUGAGAACUGCACAGUCCGAAUAGUCUGCCUGACCCUAUUUGUCCAAUAUUUAAAAUACUUUAUUUUUAGUAAAGCAUAGUUUCUUAGUGGACCCCUUCUACUACUUUGGGCUCUUAAUGCCCUCUUCCUACAGGGAUGUAUUUUUGAUCACAUAUUCUUUGAUCAGCUCCUUUCUCUGGUAUUUUUUCAUUUGCUUUUGUUUUCCAUCAGUUGUUCAGAUUCAGGCUUUUGAAAUAACAAUUCCAGUUUAUGAAUCUUGAUUCAAUCCUGUAUAUGGGCCUCUUGGCAAAACCAAAGACCAAAAGUGAGGCUGAAAUGGAAACAAUAUUCCAAUCUGACUGUUAUUAAUGUCCUCAGACUGUUCAUAUUUAAUUUCGGCAUUAUUUUUAUUAAAUACUUUGUACUAUUACAAGCUGUUAUUUACUUAGCUUAAAGUACUUUGCCAAGCUGAAUGCACAACUUUUGAUCUGUUGUUUUUCAAAGAAACCAACUUGAAGAGUAUAAGGUGGGUCAUGAUCACUUCAAAUUUGUUUAGCUAUUUUCUCCACAGACACCUGUAAAACUCCUUUGAAGUAAAUACUAUUAUAGAGAAAGUUCAGUUUAAUAAAGUUAUUUCUGUAGCCCAUUGUAUACGGGCCAUAGAAACAAUACACUGUUGACCCUUUUGCAACAAAUUCUCUACAUAGCAUAUAAUCCUCUGUGUUAGUGCUUUAUUUUUUUGGGGGGUUAUUUGUAUAUUAUUUUUUUGUAUCGUAGGUAGGAAAAGGAGAGUUGAGCUGUCCCUAAGCUCUUCACACUUUGGUCCUACCAGCAAGUAGUACCUUUCAACUCUUAUUGCCCCUUCCCUCUUUAGACAUCCCAACCAACUAAACUCUAAUAGUCUCCAAAACAAAAUGGUAGUGGAGAUAGAGAUCCAGGAACUAAGCAGAGGAGAGAGAAGAUAAUGUCAUGGACAUUACACUCACUCUUCUACAUAUUUGGAGCCCAUUUUUUUACAUGCUGAUGCCUCAGAGAUUCUGGGCACUAGUCGUUUCAUUGAUAGCCCUUGUAGACUGGACAUGUACUUUUAAGCUAUGUCCUAAUUUUAACAAAAUUCCAUGGUGAGAAGGCAGUUUAGAUGACCCU